CAUAGUCAGUGCAGUGGACUAGUGGUGUGCCGUGUGGUGGGGACGCAGUUUGUUUGACGUUGGCUAGAUUUCCUCUUAGUCUCGUCCGUCUACUACUAGAAGAGUACUCCGGGAGUCCGUUGCAAGCCGGGAUGAAGACCGCCAUUGUCCUGUGCCUCUGCGUGGCAUUGGCAGCGCAAGCUGACCUCUCGCCCAAUGUUCAUUCGCUGGAUGCGUCACCGGAAUGCGCUGGCGAGGUGCGCCUCAGCUUUGAGCACGCCAAGUCCAAGCGAGGAGAUACGCAGCAUGCCGUCAAGCGUGAUGCUUCGUCACCAGUGAUUGGCGUAUCGUUUAAGCCCAAGGAUGCGGCCGAGGACGACCCCGAAAUGCACAAGGAGUUCUCUGGAUCCUCCAGCGGAUCUUCGUCUCUCUCCCUUCUCAUCAAGGGUCUUGCUCCAGGAAAGACCUACCAGUUCCGCCUCCGCCAUGGCCAGCGCUCUGACGAUGCCACCGAGUGGGGAGAGUUCAGCAGCAGUGUGGAGUCUUCCAGCGGCACAGUGAAUGCUGAGUCAGGCCCGGCUGGUGUUGGCGAGGCGUCGCGUAACUUCUGCCAGUCUCGUCGCCGUGCCACCAAGGUGCCGUCGCGUCCCAAGUCCUCGUCGCGCGUCCACCGCUCCACGUUUGCCAGCAGCAGUCGCCGCCGUCGUACCUACACGUACAUCUACUAUGAUUACGGCUAUUAUACCUACUACUACACAUACUACUACUACAGCGGCACAAGCCUCGGAGGUGCGAUUGCCGGAGGCGUCAUUGGAUUCAUCUUCAUCGUCUCUGCUAUUGUCGUCUGCUGCAAAUUCUACUUGUACGGCGGUUGUGGUCGUCAACCCUACCGUACAACCUACGGAGGUCGUGUGAUGACCAGCACCAUCGUCACCACCCCGCAGGUGGGUGCCGCUGGGACAGUGUAUGCAGGACAGCCGCAGCAAGUCGCAAUGACCGCGCAGCCAGUGCCAGGCGCCUAUACAGCGCAGCCCGUCGUUGGCCAGCCCGGCGCUCCACAGGCCACCAUGGAGAGCAAGCCGGCCUAUCCCCACGCACCGGCCGCCGCCACAGUGUAUCCCAACGCACCAGUGGCAGCGGCAAACCCUGCUUAUCCACACGCUCCACAAGCGCAAGGUGGAGCUCAACCGUGGGGUGGUGUGGCCGCACCACCGCAAGCCGCAGCACCGUACCCUACCAACGUCAACGCUCCACCGCCGUACAGCUCGGCUGCGCAGAUGUAGGCACUACGCUCAGCGGCCUGCAGCUGAGCCAGCGAGUCGUAAUAUACCGGCAUUUUACGACUCCCGGCUGCAAACACCUCCACACAGCACUGAGCACGUCUGUGCCAGGUCACAGUCAUGCAUUCGCAUGUGUGGGUGCUCACUUUUCCUUAUUUCCUUUUAGAGUAUUUAGUUUCUUUUUAGGCGGCGGCGUUCUCUGAUCGUGUCAAGGACACUUUUUUGGGACUUUCGUUUACUACAUGUCUCUCGUUGUCACCGUUGUCUUCUGCGUUGGAGAUCCUGUCACUUCUGGCCAAUGAUCCUACCAUAGUAUGCCUGUCUUAGAAGUAUACCUAGAUAGAAUUGCUUUCUAUUGUUGUUUCCAACCCCGAUAUCCCUUUAUGCGUCCGCAGCGAAAUACAUGCACAAAAUCGAUAUCCCUCUAUGCGUGUGCAGCGAAUUACAUGCACAAACUAGCUAUUCGGUUUUUGAAAUUGUGUUUUUCUUUCUUUUUUCUUUUGGUACAUGUAGUACUCUAUGUAGUGAUUGCCUGUUCUUUUCGCUUGCUCUCAUUACCGGUGGAAGUGAAGUGUUGUUAUAUUUGGCAAGGCUGCA